CACAAAGUCUACGCUGGUGGGCGCUUUUCCUCGCCUGCCCGGCUUGCCUUGGGCCCGGGUCCUCCUGCCGGCGAGUGACGCUCUAGGCUGCGUCCGUCCGCUCGCUGCUCCCAGCGUCCCCGGCCGGAGCUGGACUUGGGGAGAAGGGGCGGCGGCGGCGGCGGCCACUCUGCCUCCCCCGCUGCUGACGGCUCCCUCCGCGCCUGGACAACGCCGCAGAAUGUUUGGCACUUCAUGCCUGUGCAAAGGAAAUGUAAUUUACAGCCAAGCCGGAGGCAGCAGGAAAAACAGCCAACAAAAACAUGGAAGACAGGUGAGCUUCCAGAGGAUGGAAAAAGGCAGGCACUAUUCCUGUUGAUAAACCAAGACACUAGAGGCUUUUUAGUUUGCUUUCCAUCUUAAUUUUUUUUAAUUAAUCAUUUUACUGAGAGCAGGAGGAGUUUUCAGUCAUGGCCAGGAAGUGGAGCAACUCACUCAAGGAAUUUCUGGAAUCCAGAGCAUUAGGAAAUUCUAAAACUCUGGUUGAUAAAAAUGAUCUUACGAUCCUCUUUAGACCUCAGGUGAAGGAUGGCACAGUUCCUCUGAAGCUGUAGGCAACUUCUUGACAUCCUGGUUACCAUGACACCCAGUAGAGGACUGUGGGGGGAAAGUGGGAAUUCCUCCCCUCCCCUUAAAUGCUACUAACGGCCAUGGCUGGGAUUUGCCCAGUGUGCUGACAUCAUGGGGAGUUGCUGUAGCUGCCCAUGCAGAGACAGUGUUCCAGAUCACCACCCCACCAAGUUUAAGGUGACAAAUGUUGACGAUGAGGGCAACGAGCUGGGCUCGGGGAUUAUGGAGUUGACACAGAGGGAGCUUGUUUUGCACACACACAAACGUGAUGCUGUUCGGUGGCCAUACCUCUGCUUGCGUCGAUAUGGCUAUGACUCCAACCUCUUCUCCUUUGAGAGUGGGCGCCGCUGCCUGACUGGACAGGGAAUUUUUGCAUUCAAGUGCUCAAGAGCAGAGGAGAUUUUCAACUUGCUGCAGGAACUGAUGCAGUGUAACAGCAUCAAUGUGGUGGAAGAGCCUGUUGUCAUCACAAGGAACAGUCAUGCUGCUGAACUGGAACUGCCCCGGACACCCCAGACACCCAAUACUCUCGGAUACACAGUUCCAGGGUUUCCCAAUGGAUUCCACAGCUUCCCUGUGGAGGCCCCAUCUUGCCCUGCCGCCAGACAUGCCUCUAUGAGCAGCCUAAGGCAUUCCUCAGUUGGCGAGGACUCCACACAUGCCCUCAUUGUCCCUGAUGAGCAAUCCCACACCUAUGUGAACACAACCAGCGGUGAGGAGGAGAUGAGGGGCCGCCACUGCAUGCACUCCUUGCCUGAAGUCCACCCUCCUGUUUCCUAUCCCAGCCAUAGCUGCUCGCUAGAGGACCGGAACCCCCAGGUUUACUUACAGCCAGGGGAGGUGAAGUUCAUGUUGGGUCCUGCCCCUGGGUACAGGCACAUGAUGAAAUGCGACGGCUUCUGCCGGCCCCAUUGGGAGUGCGCAGGGCACAUGUGCACCCCCAACAACAACAACGAAUGCAAAGACGAAUGCCUCACCCCCAAGUAUGUGUAUGAGAACAUCAACGGCCUCCUGCCAUCUCGAGGUGCCUUGCUUCGCCGGGGCACCAGGCGCUUGAAAAUUGCCCGUGAGGAUCUGAACCCCCCCGGCUGCUCUCACCGCCGGGCCACCCUGCUGCACUAUGAGAACCUGCCUUCGCUGCCGCCCGUGUGGGAGUGCCAGCCGCUAAGGCAGGACCAGGAGGAGGAGGACUCCGGCGAUGCAAUGACGCCUUCCCCCAACGGUUACCCGGAACUCGAGGAAGAUGACCCUUUGCAAAACUACAUGAACUCGGAAAGCGCUGUGCUGCAGGGGGGCCUGCGUAGGGGGGGCUGCUUGCAGCGGCGCCGCAGCUGCACGCCCAACGUCUUCAAUUUUGACUUCCGCCGGCCCUGCUCAGAGCAGCCGAGGCAGCUCAACUACAUCCAGGUGGAACUGGAGGACGACCCCCACAAAGGGUGCCGGAGCACACCGGUCCCCUGUGCCUCACGUUCUGCCGCCCACCCAGCCCGCAGGACGGAUUCCUAUGCGGUCAUUGACCUCAAAAAGACAGCAGCCAUGUCCAACCUGCAGAGGGCACUGCCCAGGGACGACGGGACUUCCAGGAAAACGCGGCAUAACAGCACUGACCUGCCUCUCUAGGAGGAAUGGCCGACUUGAGCACCGCAUUGUGGCUUCACACAGGCUCUUCAACUAAUCAUAGCAUCAUUGCCAUCUUCCCAUUGCUCCUCCUGUUUCCCAGUGCAACUCACUGGGAUGGCUCCAUCAAGCUAACUUGAGAAAUGUAGCCUAUUUGUGCCUCUUCCCAGCCCCCAUUUCUCCUGCCGUGUAGUUCUUGAAGUCUUGCCAAGUGUUUGAAAACUUGACUUGUUUGAUAGCAGGGAGGGGGGAGCAUUAGUGAUCGAUGCUACUUGUUCUCCUCUCCCCUGCCCCUUUAUAUAGGAAUCAUGUUUGGAAAGCCUUCCCGUUUUCAUCGGAUCCUCUUGAGGAUCCUACUGACAGAAUGUGGGGUUUUUAUGAAAAGGAAAGGAAUAUUGCAAAGAAGUGGGGGAAGAAACACCUCCCAAAACAGUACAGGUAGGGCAUGAGGGCUAGAAAGUUUAUACCUUUUUAUUUUUGAAGGAAUGCAGAAAUAUAUUUAUUUU